UCUGUGCGUGAAAGGGCCAAAAUGUACAUUUAUAUUUUCGCCCUUUCAUGCACAGAAUCUGUGCGUGAAACCCUUCCCUAAAAACCCCAACCCACCACAUGCACUCUCCCCUCUUUCAUUUCCUCCAUCUUCACCCUUUCAAUACACUUUUGCACUUCCAAAAACAUGUCUCAAAGUUUUGAAACUUCAAUGUUUGCUAUACAACCCGAUAUUUGCGAAUGCAGUUAUUACUGUAAACUAAAAACAUCAAAGACCCAAGAUAAUUCGGGUCGUCGUUUUUGGCGUUGUAAAGUGCCCGAAGAUAUGGGCGGUUGCAAAUACUUUCGGUGGGAAGAUAGCAUUCACGUGGAUAAAACGGUGGCGGUGAAGUUUAAAAAUCCAAUUUUGGAUAGAGAUACCGCGACUUCACGUAUCUCCAGAGAUACCGCUAAGUUGGACUCAGAAUUUAAGCUUGUGGAAGCAGAAGAAAAAAUUGAAGGUUUGGAGGUGUUGCUCACCGAUUCCGAAAAAAAAUGAAAUUUUCUGAAGGCUAAACUUAGAGAGGCUCAACACGAGAAAAUAGCUUUGAAAGAAAAACUUAAAUUGUGGAAGAUUAUUUGUGCUAUGUUGUUGUUGUUCAUUAUUUACAUGUAUUUUGUUUAUUAAGUUUAAUAUUUCUAUAGAUUAUGUUUUUUACAAGUUGUAUCUUUUCCCCUAUAAUGUAAUCCGCACCCUUU